GUGAAGAUGGCGGAGAAUUAAUAGGGGCAAGAAAGAAACUGGUGCAGCCUACUCAAUGAAUGCAUUGAAGCGGAAUUCAUCUUGUUAGUGGGGAGAGCAGAGCAGUGGCUGUGGGAGGGUUCUUGGAGACACACACUGAGCUGAAAGGUGCUGAUAUGCGCUGAGGAUGAGUGGAGUGGCAGACAACUCACUGGAGCCCAUGUGCUCCGAACGGAAACGCAAGAUCUCCACCUGUGAUACACCAGGCCUUGGGUGUGACAAGCGUAGGAGGGAGCAGGAGAGUAAAUACAUAGAGGAACUGGCCGAGCUGAUCUCUGCCAACCUCAGCAACAUGGACAGCUUCAACGUGAAGCCAGACAAAUGUGCCAUCCUCAAGGAAACCGUCCGGCAGAUCAGGCAAAUCAAAGAGCAAGGGAAGAGUUCGUGCAGCGAUGACGAUGUCCAGAAGGCAGAUGUGUCCUCCACCGGUCAAGGGGUCAUUGACAAGGACCAUCUGGGACCGCUGCUGCUACAGGCCCUGGAUGGGUUUCUGUUUGUGGUGAACCGGGAGGGCAGCAUAGUGUUUGUGUCUGACAACGUGACCCAGUACCUGCAGUACAAACAGGAGGAGCUCAUCAACACCACUGUCUACAACAUCCUCCAUGAGGAUGACAGGGAGGAGCUGCACAAGAACCUGCCCAAGAACAACGCUCCCAAUGGUGGGUCAUGGGGAGGAGAGGCACUGCGGCAGAAGAGCCACACCUUUAACUGCCGUAUGCUGGUGAAGGACGGUCACGGACAGAACCAUGGGCAGUCUGAGGGUCCCAACAGGCAGCGCUACGAGACCAUGCAGUGCUUCGCCCUGACCCAGCCCCGUGCCAUGAUGGAGGAAGGAGAAGACCUGCAGUCGUGUAUGAUCUGUGUGGCCCGUCGCGUCAAUGCAAUUGAGAGGAGCGAGAGGUUCAGCACCCGCCAUGAGCUCUCAGGAAAACUGAUAGAGAUCGAACAGCAGAGUUCUCUCCACACCACCAUGCAUCCAGGCUGGGAGGACCUGGUGAGGCGCUGCAUGCAGAUGUUCCUCCAUCACAGUGAGGGCCAGCCCUGGUCCUUUAAACGCCACUACCAGGAGGCCUUUCUGCAUGGCCGUGCCGAGACGCCAUCUUACCGGUUCUCUCUCUCCGACGGCACCCCGGUCACUGCUCAGACCAGGAGCGAACUGUGUCGUAACCACGCCUCCAAUGAGCCACCCACCUUCCUUUCUACCCACCUGCUACAGAGGGAGCAGAAUGGCUACCAAACCAACCAUGGGGGUGUGAUGAGGCCACAGGGCAUGGGCCUCACCAAUCCCAACACCCAGAUGAACAUGGCUCCUGGAGGGGGCAUGGGUGUCAUGAACAGGGGUUACGGCAUGGGGGCAGAGCAGGGGCACAUGGGUCAGAGAGGCGGCCCCCCGUAUGCAGCGGGCAACAGGAUGAACUCCAUGAAUCAGACUAAUCAGACUAACGCGAUGCACCAGAUGAAUCAAAUGAACCCUUCGAUGCAUCAAAUGAACUCUUCGAUGCAUCAAAUGAACUCUUCGAUGCAUCAAAUGAACUCUCAAAUGAAUUCAAUGCACCCAUUGAACAAUAUGAGUCCGACGAAUUCCAUUAAUCAAACAAACUCCAUUCAUCCAAUGAACUCUCAGAUGAAUUCAAUGAACCAGAUGAAUUCUAUGAGUCAGAUUAACCAGAUAAAUCGAAUGAACCAGAGUCGUCAGAUGAGCCUCCCUGGAAUGCAUCAGCAGCAUCAACAUCCUCAGCAGCAGCAGGCCCCGUUCCAUGGUGCUGGGUACGGAAUGGGGGCCAUGACUAGCCCCCCCCAGGGCAGUCCAGGUAUGAAUGCCUCCCAGCAGAACAUCAUGGGCUCCCCUAGAGUAAGGGGGAGCCCCAAAAUGUGUGCUAGCCCCUUCUCUCCAGGAGGUAUGCACUCUCCCAUGAGCUCGAGUCACCCAGGGGGGUCAGGAGGGAGCACCGGUUUCUCCAGCAGCUCCCUAAAUGCCCUCCAGGCCAUCAGUGAGGGGGUGGGCACCUCUCUACCAGCACUCACCUCUCCCCCCGCACACAAGCCUGACAGCUCCCCAAGCAUCAACUCCACCCAGCAGGGACAGAGCCAGGGGCAGGGCGGGCUCUGUAAACCAGGCAUUUUAGACUCCAACAGCCCGGGUAGCUCACUGGCCAGUGGAGGGGAGCAGCAGCAACACACCCCCACUACAGAGGGGACCACAGACAUCCAGGCCAACAGGGAGGGCCCAGCCUGGGGAGAAGCCAACCGACGGGGCCCUGACAACAAGGGGGGCCAUAAGAAGCUCCUGCAGCUCCUCACCUCCCCUACAGAGGAGCUGGUGCCCCCUAAUCCCCAGGCCGGCCCUGGCACCACCCCCAUGGGCUCUGAGGCCAAGGAGAGCAUGGGGGGUAUGAUCAGCCCCUCCUCCACGGGCGUGUCCUCCACUGCUGCAGUGGGACAGCAAGGCCUAGGAGCAGGGGCUGCAGCAGCACACUUUGCCAACCAGUCCCUGCAGGAGAAGCACAAGAUCCUCCACAAGCUGCUGCAGAAUGGGAACACCCCAGAUGAGGUGGCCCGCAUCACAGCUGAGGCCACGGGGAAGGUCACAGAUGGUGGUGGUCCAGAGGCUGGGCCAGGAGGCCCAGGACUGGGACCAGGGCCGAGGAGGGCUGAGAUGAAGCAAGAGCAGCACAGCCCCAAGAAGGAGAAGACCCACGCCCUCCUCCACUACCUCCUCAACAAGGACGACUCCAAAGGGCAAGGGGUGAUGUCAAGGGGUGAUGUCAAGCCAAAGCUGGAUGAGUUAGAGGGGAGGGGAGCCUCAGGGGUCACAACCUCUGAACCCAACCCCAUGGUGGGGAAGGUCAAGACUGAACCACCUGAUGAGUUGGAAACCCUGGAGACAAUUCUUGGAGGCUGCAGGAACUCCAGCUCCAGGUUUUAUCCCAAACCAGACUCCAGAGCAGGAAAAGAAGUGGGAAACCAGCAGGGAAAUGGCCCAGAAAGUUUGCAUGAUGGGGAGAGAGGAGCCAUGAUGUCUGCCCAGCGUGGGCCCCUCCAGAGGGCUCUGUCAGUGGAAGCUCGGCCCCUGGGUGGUGGUGGAGGCCUGGCAGGGAGGAGGAACGUCCCCUGCCCCACCCUCAUCAAACUGGAGAACAUGGAGGCCCCCAUUCGGCCAGGCAUGACCAUCGGUUUUCCAGGACCUGGAGGCAUGGGUGUGUGUCCACCACGGGCCGGUGCCGCCACAAGAGGUAUGAACAGGGCUAUGGGGAUGCCACAGCGGCCCUCCAUGGCAGGGCAAGGUGACUGGGGGAUGACCAGGUCCAGUGGCAGUCCUGUGGGGGCACCAGGACACCCCUCGAUUGGCCGGCCAGGGAUGGACUUCAACUCCAAGGGCAUGAUGGGAGGCCCCUUGGUCAACCGGUCCAAUAGUUUACCUGGCAACACCAGGUCUAUGCUGCAGCAGCAACUCAUGGAAAUUGGUUCCAGUGAGGUGAAUAUGGGGAUGAGUCCCUUCAGUGGGCAGGGUCCUCCACCUCAGUCCCCCUCCUGGCCUGACAGUGCCAUGGGAAUGGACAGACCACCCACUAACACAAAUAGGCGUCAGUUUGGGAACCCCCUGGAUGAGCUCCUGGUUCCGCCCUCCACCAGCCAGGGGCAGAAUGAUGAGCUGGCGCUGCUGGACCAGCUGGACUCUCUGCUCAACAACACUGAUGUUAUUGCCCUGGAGGAGAUUGACCGGGCCCUGGGCAUCCCCGACCUCGUAGGACAGACUCAUGGUCCAGAGCAGCAGCCAGGUCCGGGGCAGAGGCCCCCAUCAGAGCCUUUCCCUGGCCCAGGACCGGACACCUCCAUGGGGAUAGAGCAGAAGCCCAUGUAUGGCCAGGGGUACCCAGGACCCCCCUCCAUGGGCAUGCAGUCAGUCUAUGGGGGUAACCCCAUGCAGGGCCAGUCCCCUGCUGGUUUCAACCCCGUGGUGAACCAGAUGGCGGGCCAGGCAGGCUCAGGGGGCUUCCCUGGCAUGGGGGGGAUGGGUCACCCCCGCGCCAACAUGAGACCCCGCAUGAUGAGCGCCAUCAAGCCCCUUAGAGAGCAGCUGGUGCAGAGGUUACAGGGCCAGCAGUUCAUGAACCAGACCCGUCAGGGCAUGGGCAUCAAGAUGGAGAAUACCCCUACAGGAAACCCUGCGAUGCGGCCUGUGAUGCAGCCCAGUAUGGGGAGUCAGCCUGGCUUCCUGAAUGCUCAGAUGAUGGCUCAGCGCAGCAGAGAGAUGAUGACACUACAGAUGAGGAGACAGCGGAUGAUGAUGCUAAUGCAGCAGCAGCAACAGGCUGCAACAGGAGGCUUCAGCCCCCCACCUAACAUCACAGCCUCUGUAGGCAUGGACAACCCAAUGGCAGGACCCCCCAUGAACCAGCCAGGACAGCAGCAGUUCAACUACGGCGGAAACUAUGGAAUGAGCCAGCAGGGGGAACCCUCGUUUGUAGGCGCAGGCAGCAGCCCGCCCAGCAACAUGAUGCCAGGUCGCGUGGGAGGGCCUCAGAAUCCCAUGAUGCAACACCACCCCCAGGGUGGCCCCAUGUACCAGUCAGCAGACAUGAAAGGCUGGCCACAGGGUGGACAGGGUGGAAUUCCACGGAACAACUCGUACCCCCAGCAGCAGUUCACCCAGCAGGGGAACCCAGGCCAGUUUGGGGGGCCCAUGAUGAUGAAUGGCUCCAUGGGCGGGCCAGGCCCGGUCAGUGGUGCUGGUGGAGCACAGAUGGGCCAGAUGCAGGGGCAAAUGGGCAUGAACUCCAUGGGAAUGGGCCGAAUGCCAAUGGGACCUGAACAGGAGCCCUCACCAGGAGGACAGCAAAGACUGCAGUGCCCCACCUUUGUGGCUGCAGUGUGGGUGGGAGAAGGGAUGUCUAGGGGUCACCGGACACAGCCCCAAGAUCUUCUCCCUCCGCUGUUCUCUGGCUUGCGUGUGGAGGACACUCAUAAGCCACAGUGAAAACAAACCGACUACACAGUGAGAGACUCUGGAAUAAAGACACACCUCAUAUCUAAUGCAGCCUCCCUUUGUAGGCUUGCCUCUCUCUGGCUGGAGUGUGUGGGACUUAGUUCAAGAAGAGGCCCUGCUUUUUCUUCUUUUGACCUGUGGGAGUGUGAUCGACGUCCUGUCUGCUACACCAGAGGAGGCCGCAUCGUGUGUGCAGGGAAACAUAAUCUAUUUGAAACAGGAUGGGAUACGGUACAACUAGCUAUGGCUGCACUUUAUCAGAGGGCUUCUAUGUAAAAGGAUUGUUGCAAUAUUUCUUAGUCAUUACAGCCUUACUAGAGAUUCAAUGCAUUCACAGCAUUGAUUUUAUUUUCCUUUUAUCCUUUGGAUAUGCGCCUCUAUUUUGUAUUUAAUUUUUUUUUUAUAAAUUUGGGGAGCUGUAAGCACAGGUUAUUUCUAUAUUAUGCAGAUUCAAGCAAUACAACUUUCCUCUAUGCUUUAGAUGGAAACUGAGCGUCAUAAACUCAUAAAUAAACGGUACUGCAGUAUUAAUGGCAUUUCUUCUAUGUGAAUAUGAAUUGUAAAUAUGCUACGAAAGUAUCUUACAUGCUUUUUAUAGAUCACUUUUUUUGCACAGAGUAUGAGACUUGGUCAAAUGUGUGUAUUUUGUGUAUAUUUGUCUUCAAGGUCAAUACCGUUUUAGUUUGCAGUUUAUUUGAACGUUUUGGACUGAUGAGUGAGCGUGUGUGGGUUUCCCACUUUCCACUUUGUCAUUUCCACAUGUCCUCUAAACAUGUUUCUUCUAAGUGAUAACAGCCAUGGGUUUCUUCUAAGUGAUAACAGCCAUGGGUUUCUUCUAAGUGAUAACAGCCAUGGGUUUCUUCUAAGUGAUAACAGCCAUGUGUUUCUUUUUAGAAGCACUUUUAUUUUGAUGUGGUGUGUUGACAGUUUGGAGCUUUUGAAAUGAUGAAACUGUUUGAGGGAAACAAACACCGGAUUGCAGUGAAUGAAGAAAGGACCGUCUCUUAAAUGAGCAGAGAUGUCUAGCAAGCUGCUGUGUUGGAGUGUGUGUAUGAAUGUUAUAGAAAAAGAUGGGGUGGCGUUAUUGACAAGGGACUGUUCGUAAAGUAGUUCUUCCUUUCUUUCCUUGCUCUCGCUAGUGUUUUUUAUUUCCUCAUUUCCUUUGACUCUUACUCUUGACUCCAAGAAAUCUACCUUAAACCUUGCGCAAUCCAAAGAUAUUUUUCCAGUUCUUUGUAUAGUUUUUGACAGUGUACAUUUUCAUCUAUGUGUUGUAUAUGCAGACAGUAACUGGGUACAUAUCGUCAUAUCAUGAAUUUAUAAAAUGCAUAUUAUGAUUUUGUACUGAUAGCAUAGGGCAAUGAGUACUGUUGUUCAGAAGCCAGUGGGUAGCUAGCAGUAAUGUGUGGAUGGGUGAUUCAGUGACUGGCGACGCUCUUUGCAGUGAAAUGCAACAGAAUGAAAGGCAUAUGUUUUUUCCGAAAGUAACAUUCGGUUUUGUCCUGUUUUUAAUUACUUCAUGAAAUUACCUAUGUAGAAAUUCAUUGAAGUCAAAAACAAAGGAUCUAUUCACCUGGGUAUGCUAACUUUUGUAGUUUUCCUUUGUUUUACAGGAUGUAUAUUCCAACAGUUUUUGUCUCGAUGUUGAUAGGGCCAUGCUAUCCUGGAUCCUUGGGACAUCUCUACCCCCAUUGAAGUUGAAAUUUUAAAUGGUUGGAUAAGGGUUAUGGUUAGUGACGUCCCAAGGAACCCGGCCAGCUAGCACUAACUGAUGUUGAUAUUGAUGUAAAUACAAAUUUCUAUUUAAACACU